AUGGGUGGACCCUCGAACGCGGUGCCAGAGAACGAUCCUCCGCCAGCUUCUUAUGCACCACCGCCACCGCCUAUGGGUUUCGACAACCCGAUCCCGACUUACCCAGCUGCAGAAUACCAUCAUCUUUACCCUUCUUCUUACCCUCCAGUUUAUCCAACUGGAUACUCGGUGCAGGGUUAUCAGUAUCCGCCUUACCAGCAACCUCCUCCUCCCCAGCAGCAGCAGCAAACUCAGGAGAUCCUAGAAAGGUUAGAUAGGGUUGAGCAUGAGGCAAACAAAACCAAGAAGCAACAUAGUAGCUUUAUGAAGGGCCUUGCAAACCUUAUUAAAGGCAAGAAGAAGUAG